CAGAUGACAAGGGAGACGCACAUGCAUGGUGCGGUAUUUAUGGCAGACGUCAGAAACGCUGAGCCCAGAAAUCUUCAACAACCACAACAGCAACAAUGCAAAAGACCCCCAGUGGCCGGAGACCUGAAGUUAACAUCACUGCUGGCGGGAUUUCGUUCGCAGUUCCCAAUUCACGAGGACAGCGUAGAAAUGAUAGCGUUUCCACUCAAGACAGUGACUCGAGUCUGAUAAGCAGUGCAUCUAGCUCUGACAGUGCCGACGCACGAAAAGACUAUGAGGCACAGACGCCAAAUGACAGGCAAGUAAAAAGAAUUGGGAAAGUCGCAUUCACUAGCAUAAUAAUAGCGGUAGUCGUGACCGUCGCUAACGUUGGAGUUGUGGCGUUUGUGAUAAUGAGCGAAAACAGUGUCGCUUCGGACAUUGAGAACUUUAGGGACGUUAUUGCAUCCAUCGGUCAGUUUUGCCUGCCGUGCACGGACGUCAUGCUGACGUCUCCGGAGGAGAACGCCAUAAUAGCGGACUUUCGCAAACAGGUGACACCGGAGGGCGUGGCAGAAUGCUGUGCAAAGGACAAAACACAGUUCAAUAUGUUAUUACAGAGGUAUGUGGAACGAAAGCUCCGACUCAUCCGAUCCGAGGGCACAUUGCACACUCACCCAAAUGGCACCGCACCAAUGACGUCAGAUAAGCCGUCUGCCCAUCUGCUUUAUCGCGGGGGUAAUAGUACACCGCGCGGUUUUCGAGGGCAGGACGGAAUGUAUACCAUCACUAACUGGGCCAAAGGCAGCCUUGGCUACAUCAGCGGCGUCGACUUCCAUUCACAUUCCGGCAGUUUCGUCAUCAAAGAAGAAGGAAGAUACUUCAUCUACAGCCAGGCUUUGUUCUUAUUCACCUACCAGCCCAGUGACGUCACUUCCGCCCAAAAACCACGCGGGGAAACGGUGGUCCACUCCAUUUACCGAAAUAACAUCCGCCGCGCUGCAGAGGAAGAGAUGAUGACGGGACGGAAGUCGAACUGUUGGUCCACGGAGAAAACGUUCGAGGUCAAGUCGAAUUAUCUAGGAGGGGUGAUUUACCUGAGGGCGGGAGAUGAGGUGUACGUCAAAGUUUCUGACCUCACUAAGGUGAAAAUAAACGACUUUAAGUCCACGUAUUUUGGUUUGUACAUGUUGUAAAUUUCAAGUUGUUUCAGAAAUAGUUUGCAAAAAAAGAGGUAUGACUACGUCAUAUUCUUAAUAACGAAUCUAUUUCUUUUUAUCAUUAUAGGUUUUCUCCCUAAUUUUUAAAGGUCUUUUUAUUUGUGAGGGUCGCUUCUUUGCUUAAGGAUGGGCCUCUGUAUUAAUGGGCGCCCUUCCGAAUGUUAACCAAUAGCUAGAAAAGAAAGAAAAUUGGCACUUCUUUAUUUCUUUUUCUUGUGGAUAUUGUGUGGAUCUGUUAUAGAUUUUCAUUGUACAAUAAUUUGCUCAUUAGAAUGCCCUCUGUACCCUGAAGCAUUAGAAGUGAGGUUCAAAGAUUAAUUGAAAUUGAGAUGAAAGCCAAUCAAAAUGAACUACACUGCCAAUCUGAAUGCGUAAGGAUCAAGAGUGUAUUUAAGUACUUAGUGAAUAUGAAUGCAACCACGAAUACCUUGUGUAGAGAGAGAGAGAAAGAGAGAGAGAGAGAGAGAGAGAGAAUCCAAGGCCAUCUGUGAUAUAUGCUCAAUGCAAAAUAGCAGCAAUCGCAACAAGAGUUUUGUAAGUUCUUGAUUUUAUAAGCGCACUUGUCUUUCACACUGUAAAAUUUAGCUUAAUGACGUAAUAAUGUUGUUAUUAUUUUAACUAUGCAUCAGGUAUUAUUCGAAAUUUAUUUUUCGAAAAUUAAUAACAAAUUUUGGCACGGAAGGGUUAUUUGGAUAUUAAAGAAAACAAUACCCCAAUCAGUGCAGUUUCCUUCUACUGACUUUGUUAUUUCGAAUUUAGUCAUUCAUCAGUAUCAUGACUCAUAUUUCCUGUAUAUAUUCUCCAUCUAUUACCAAUACAAUUUACAGCAAAGUGCGACGACAUUACGUCACAUACCACGUGACAAUAAAUGUAAGUAAACUUCAUCUCCAAAAUGUACAGUCGUAAGUAUAAAUAUAAGUAUAAAGUCUGCUGUGCAGGUUACAUAUAUUUCCUUUUUGUAAUUAAUGAAAACAGUAGAUAAUUAAUGUGCUUAUCAUAUAUGUUUUUUAUACUUAAUGAAAUAAAUUUAUUAUA